AUCACUCUAAAUUUUAGAAUGGUUUCAAAUCUCUUUUUUCUUUUCUAUACAAUCUUGUCGCAAGACUUGAUUUUAUUUUUUUCUAGAAACUUAGGGUUUAUUUCUCUGAAGUCUGUCUAUCUUUCACAUCAGUUCUCACCGUCGCUGCCUCUCUUAAGGUCUACGGUUGAUGGUAACGGUGAACAUGUAUGGGGUACCUGUAGGUGACAAUGAAGACAAGUUAGCUACUCGGGCUGGCAAACUUGUCCGCGUCUAUUGUCAAGUCAAAUAUGUGGAUUGGAGGAAGGUUCCAGAGAACUACAAGGAAGAUGUGAGGUAUAAGUUGUUGGUAUGUAAUCCAUACUUUUUUUUCUCUCUUCUAUUCUGGUUAUUUUGAGUUACAUUUAAGAAUGAAUGCUUGAUAAUCCUGUUGAUUUGCUGACUUGAAACUUGUUUAUUUUAGCAAGAAUUUGAGUUCAAUGUGCCAAAUCAUUUGGCCAAGUAUAUUGUUAUGGGGUCUCUUCCAUAAAAUUUCAGGACAUUUAAACAUGUUUUAAGAACUGGUCCUCUCCUAGGCAAGGUCACCAUGGAAGAGAAGUUAGAUGCAUGCCCUGGUGAUUAUGACUUCGAUUGUUGGAAAAUUUUUGUCGAGAAUGAGAGCAAACCUGGUGUUAAGGAAAAUCACACCAAAUAUGCAGAAAAUCAAAAGAAAAGGACCAUACAUCACACAUGUGGUCGAGAAUCGUAUGCAAAUAAAAUCCACAAGCUCGCUAAAAAGGAAGGUUUGGUAGCUGAGGCUGCACGAGGACUUGCUUGGAUGAAUGGUCAUGUUGGGAAAGAUGGAAUAGUAAAUCCUUCGGCUGUUGAAAAAUAUGAGCAAGUAAAGGCCGCUAGAUCUAGGAGGCAGGACCUAAUCAAUGCAGGAUUGGCAUCCGCUUCAGACUUUGAGAAUGAUGAGAUUGCUGAAGUCUUUGGACCUGACAAAUGCAGAGCUGGUUUGUUCGGUUAUUCUCCACUUGUCUCGAAGAAGCAAGCCUUAUACGCGAGUGUUGCGACUGCGGUUCCCAAUCAGUAUUGCACCAAUGACUGAUCAUAUGGAUGAGGCUCUACUGCCAAAGCAUACUGAACUAAUCACCAAUGUUGUGCUGCAAGUUAUGGCAAGACAGCAACAAAACCAACAUUCUUCCAGCACAAACCCAGGUACUGGUGGUGUUGAAGAUCCCUAUGGAAAUCAAGUUGUUCUCCUUUACAACAUAAAAAGGGAAGAUGUUGCUACAAGUCAUGUUGUAUAUGGCAUAGAUGGAGAACAUUGUGAGGGACUUUUAGUGCAGCCAGAAGAGAGAAAGGUAUGUCUUGAAACCAUCGAGGAUGGUAACUGUGUUGUACCUGACAGUCCUCAAGGUGAUCGCUGUUAUCUGAGAGAGUAUGUUGCAAAUGAAUCAGUAAUUUGGCUCGUGUUUCGUAUGGAAUUUAUGGAGUCUGCCAUGAAUGAAAACUUCUUCAGUAACUACUUUUUGUGCAGUGGAAACAUAUCCUGCUUUUUAUUUUGAGGA